CCCACGAUAGCCUAAAACGUUUUCCUUAUAAAUUACAACUCCACCUAUCAUUACUCACCACACCCGGCCAAUUUCCCUUUUAUCUGUUGAAUCAUGGCCUUGAAUCAUGAGCAACAAGAAGAAAUUCAUGUGCUAAUGGUGGCAUUCGCCUCUCAAGGCCAUAUCAACCCUUUGCUUAGACUAGGAAAUCGCCUUGUCUCCAAAGGCCUCCACGUCUCCCUAGCCAUCACUGAAGUAUUUCAGCAUCGUGUGGCCAAUGCUUCCUCCUCCACUACCGCCAAUUCCAUCGCAGGAAUCCAACUCCUAUUCUUCUCCGACGGCUUCAGCGUCGACUAUAACCGUGGCAGCAAUCUUGACUACUACAUGGAGACCCUGGGCAAAGUCGGACCGAUUAACCUCUCAAACCUUAUCAAAGAUCAUUUCCAUGGUGGUAAAAGAAAACUCUCUUGCAUCAUCAACAAUCCCUUUGUGCCAUGGGUGGCAGAAGUUGCGGCGGAGAAUCAAAUUCCAUGUGCCAUGCUGUGGAUUCAACCUUGUGCUCUCUACGCCAUUUACCACCGCUUUUACAACAACCUCAACCCCUUUCCUACUCUAACAAACCCAGAAAUGAGUGUCGAUUUACCAGGCCUGCCAUUGUUGCAGACACAAGACCUACCAUCAUUCGUUCUUCCUUCCAAUACAUUUGGGAGUCUUCCAAAGCUGAUCGCGGAGACGUUCCAAAACAUGAAGAAGCUGAAGUGGGUACUUGGUAACUCCUUCUACGAGCUUGAAAAGGAGCUCAUUGAUUCCAUGGAAGAGCUCUGCCCAAUACGGCCCGUUGGUCCUUUAGUCCCUCCUUCACUACUUGGGGAGGAUCAAAAUCUUGAUAUUGGUAUUGAUAUGUGGAAGCCCGAGGAAAGCUGCAUGGAGUGGCUCAACCAUCAAACACCUUCUUCGGUUAUCUAUAUUUCCUUCGGCAGCCUUAUCAUGUUAUCUGAUCAGCAAUUUGAGAGCAUUGCAACAGCCCUAAAGAACAACAACCAUCCAUUUCUUUGGGUGGUAAAGGGUUCAGAAAUCCGAAGGACCUCAGAUGGUACCGGAGGAUUGCCAUCGGAGUUUCUGGAAGAAACAAAAGACCAAGGAAUUGUCGUGCCGUGGAGCCCUCAAACAAAGGUUUUAGCCCACCCGGCUGUUGCAUGCUUCUUAACGCAUUGUGGGUGGAAUUCCAUGCUGGAGGCCGUAGCGUCUGGCGUGCCAAUGAUUGCAUAUCCACAGUGGACAGACCAGCCUACAAAUGCAAAGCUUAUUGCUGAUGUUUUAAAGGUAGGUGUGAGGCUUCGGCCGGAAAGCAGUGGGGUCAUAACAGCCGAGGAAGUAGAAAAAUGUAUCAAAGAAGUUAUGGUUGGGGCUAGGUCAGAGGAAUUUAAGAAUAAUGCAGUGGAAUUCAAGCGGACGGCUCGGUUGGCGUCGGCCGAAGGCGGCUCCUCAGAUCGGAAUAUCCAAGUUCUUGUGGAUGAGAUUGUUAGCAGUUGUUCCACGGGUGUUUGAUGUGUUAAUGGCGUGUAGUGCAAGUGCAUGCUGUCGGCCAUGAAAGGCAAGUUUAGGUUAGCGGUCAUAAAUUCGUUGAUAAUAGAUGGGAAAUUAAGUUUUGUCCUUGUAUUAUGGUCUUUCCCGUAACUAUGGUAGGGCCAUUUACAAAUAAACGACAAUGAUAUGAAAUAUGAAUCAAUUGGGACUAUUAAGAAUAUGCCGUCAUGGUUUUGAAACUUUUUUCCUUGUGUUGCUUAUUAGAAAAAUAAUAGAAACUUGUUUCUUUAUGUCA